AUGUCUGCAAUGCGGAUGAAAGCAGCAAAAUGUCCUUCGGACGAAUUGGCCAUCACCAAUUGCGCCCUUAUCAACCCGGAUGAUUUUCCCAGUGACACUAAGCAUGUUGAAAUUUCCACUGGACCAUCGCAACACUUUGUGUUUAGUAUCAGGUUCUAUAGUGGUGUGGACAGGGGAACUGUUGGGUUCUCUGCACCUCAAAGAAAAUGGGCUACAUUAUCUAUUGGACAGCCAAUAGAAGUAAGGCCAUUCAAGCCACAAAGUGCCGAGUGCUUAUGCAGUGUCACCUUGGAAGCUGAUUUUAUGCUGAAAAAAACAACAUCAAUGGAACCGUACGAUUCUGAGCAAAUGGCACGAGACUUUUUGAUUCAGUUUGCAAAUCAAGUAUUUACAGUUGGACAGCAACUUGCCUUUUCAUUCCAAGAGAAGAAAGUGUUGUCUUUGAUUGUUAAGAAUUUGGAAGCGGUGGACGUACAAGCUCUAGCGGCCGGCUCUAACGCGGUGCCGCGGCGCGUGAGGAUGGGCAGGUUGCUGCCAGAUGCGUGCAUUCAGUUUGACAAAGCUGAGAACUCAUCUCUCAACCUAAUAGGCAAAGCUAAAGGGAAACAACCACGCCAGUCCAUCAUCAACCCGGACUGGGACUUCGGUAAGAUGGGUAUCGGCGGUUUGGACAAAGAGUUCAAUGCCAUCUUCCGAAGAGCUUUCGCCUCUCGUGUGUUCCCGCCCGAGGUGGUCGAGCAGUUGGGUUGCAAGCACGUAAAGGGUAUUCUGCUAUACGGGCCGCCCGGUACUGGUAAAACUUUGAUGGCGAGGCAGAUCGGUAAAAUGUUGAACGCCAGAGAGCCCAAGAUCGUGAAUGGUCCACAGAUUCUUGACAAAUACGUUGGUGAGAGUGAAGCCAACAUUCGGAGGCUGUUUGCUGAUGCUGAAGAAGAAGAAAAGAGGUGCGGUCCUAACAGUGGUCUCCAUAUCAUAAUCUUCGAUGAAAUCGACGCCAUUUGCAAAUCGAGAGGCUCUGUGGGAGGAAACACUGGUGUUCAUGACACGGUUGUCAACCAACUGCUUUCCAAGAUUGAUGGUGUGGACCAACUGAACAAUAUCUUGGUGAUCGGCAUGACGAACAGGCGGGACAUGAUAGACGAGGCGCUGCUGCGGCCCGGCCGCCUCGAGGUGCAGAUGGAGAUCGGGCUCCCGGACGAGACCGGCCGCGUGCAGAUACUGAACAUACACACCAAGAGGAUGAAGGAGUACAAGAAGAUUGCUGAGGAUGUCGACAGCAAGGAGCUAGCGGCCCUCACAAAGAACUUCUCCGGCGCAGAGCUAGAGGGUCUGGUGCGGGCGGCGCAGUCUACAGCCAUGAACCGCUUGAUCAAGGCCUCGUCCAAGGUGGAAGUGGACCCCGAGGCCAUGGAGAAGCUGAUGGUGGAACGUGGGGACUUCUUGCAUGCUUUGGAAAAUGAUAUUAAACCGGCAUUUGGUACAUCAGCUGAGGCGUUGGAACAUUUCCUAGCGCGUGGCGUCAUUAACUGGGGCUCUCCUGUCACGUCUAUACUAGAAGAUGGCCAGUUAUAUAUACAACAAGCGAGAGCUACUGAAGAUAGUGGUCUUGUAUCAGUCCUGAUAGAAGGGCCUCCCAACAGCGGCAAAACCGCACUUGCAGCGCAACUGGCCAAGAUGUCAGACUUUCCAUUUGUCAAAGUUUGCUCGCCUGAAGACAUGGUCGGGUUUACUGAGACCUCUAAAUGUUUGCAGAUACGGAAGUACUUCGACGACGCGUACAGGUCGUCGCUGUCGUGCAUCCUGGUGGACAACAUCGAGCGCCUGCUGGACUACGGGCCCAUCGGGCCGCGCUACUCCAACCUCACGCUGCAGGCGCUGCUCGUGCUGCUCAAGAAGCAGCCGCCCCGCGGCCGCAAGCUGCUCAUACUGUGCACCAGCAGCCGCAGACAAGUGCUGGAAGACAUGGAGAUGCUGUCGGCGUUCACGGGCGUGCUGCACGUGCCCAACCUGUCCGCGCCCGAGCACGUGCUGGCCGUGCUGGAGGCCAGCGACGUGUUCAGCAAGCGCGACCUCGCCGCCGUGCAGCGUGACCUGCGCGGAGCCAAGAUAUUUAUCGGUAUUAAAAAGCUUCUGGCCCUUGUUGAUAUGGUGAAGCAGACGGACGAAGGCUCGAGGGUUCACAAGUUCCUUACGAAACUGCAAGAAGAAGGCGCCGUCGAUCUCGGUACUUCGGUACAA